GUUAAAACACAUUCCACUUGAAACUUUCUGGUGAUGUGGCCCACCAUGAUUUAUCAACACCUGAAUAGUGGGCUGCUUUAGUGUGAAACUGCUUGAUUGUGUACUUUCUAUAUGGUUCAGUGCUGAGACUGGGAAUCUGCAUUACAGGUGACAUUGCUCAAGCACUACUCGCAAACAUGAAUCUCGGCUCCGAACAAAUUUUGCCAGAAGAUUUUUACCUGGCAGAAGAGGGAGCCUUGCUAGAGGAAAUGGCUGAAGAAGACGAAGAGAUUGAUCUGUACAAUGAGGUGACUUUUGGCUUAGACCAAGAGUCUGAUGAAGAACCUGUCAAACUUGAAGAUGACCAUACAAAGCCUAUUCAAAUGCCUGAAGCACCAAAGGAAGAAGAGCCUGAAGCACUACAACCUGUAAAGGAAGCAAAAGGCUCAGAAAAGGCACCACUGCAUGAAGUAAAGAUUGUGGUGGAACCUCAUGAAGAUCAUGUGGAUCUAUCCAUUGAUUCUGGAGGUCAUACGAUGAAUUCAACCAUGGAUGAUUCAGAGCUUGGAGACCCUGCAGUAAUGAAGGCGUUUCAUGGAAAACCAACACUGGAGAGUUUGGACAGUGCAGUUGUUGACAGUGGAAUUGGAUCAACAUGGAGUGAACUGGACACAGACUAUGAUCAAAGUGGAAUGGAUUCUGGCCUUUGGGAGGCAUCUCCAAAGGUUUCCACGUAUGCAACUGGGCAAAUAUUGGAGGAUAAAGCAAUUCUGCGCAUAAUGGAAAGGGCACCUUACCUGCCACCUACAAAUUUAGAGUUUCUGGGGUCUCCUCUGCAGAGAGGAUUUAUGCCUUCACAAAGGCUCCAAGGACCAGAAAUGGGUGCUAUGUCUCCCAAGCCUUACAGACCAAGGUUCAUGAGGCAGCAAUCACCUCUUGUACCACGCUCAAUGCGUCCAUCAUACCCCUUCACGCCACCAAGGAGAGGUCCAUCAGUCUUCGCCCCAAAUCAGUCUCCAGGUUUUGUGUCUCAGACUCCCUUUAGGCCAAUGUCACCCAACGUCAGCACCCCAACCCGACCAAUGACUCCUAAAAUGGUGAGGAUGCACUUUGGCCCAAUGUCUCCCAGCCCAAGCUUCUCCCCAUUCUUCAGCCCCAUGGGUAAUGCACUGCAAAGGUUUAAGGUUCCAGGUCAUGUCACACAGCUGCACCCACAGCAUAGAAGGAUACUCAGUCAACGUCAGAGGCCGCAGAGUUCGAGUCGGAGGCAGUGGGAGAGUAGACCAGACCCUUACGCGAGCUUAAUGUCUCAAAAGGAAAAGGAGUGGGUAAUAAAACUGCAAAUGAUACAGUUACAAAGUGAAAAUCCACAUUUGGAUGACUACUAUUAUCAGGCUUACUAUGAAAACUUAGAACGUAAAUUAUCGGAGGAAGAAUUUUUGGGAGAACGCAAAAAACGAGAGCCUACAAAACUGGUUACACCAUACAUUCAAAAGGCAGAGACCUAUGAGUCAGUGGUUCACAUCGAGGGUUCCCUUGGACAAGUGGCUGUUUCUACCUGCUACAGCCCAAGGAGAGCAAUAGAUGCUGUUUCCUAUGCCAUGCCAGAUGAGGCUAUUAAAGCACUUGGGUACCAAAGAUUAAGAGUUCUUAAACAUGCUGAGAAGGUGUUCCUCAUGUUCUUGGAAGUUGAAGAGCUGGCAAGGAAGAUGUCCCAUAUUCCUGAAGAAGAGCAUGUACACUUCCAGCACAAGCAGAACUAUAAAGUGCAAAGGAUAUAUGAUGUCUUAAAGAUUGCACCCUGCCAUAAUGAAGAAGAAUCUGAGUUUUUGCAACUCUUGCAAGUGGGAAAAGGCAAGAAGUUGGUUGCGCGGCUCCUUCCAUUCCUAAGGAGUGAGCAGGCUAGGGAGAUUCUCUUACUCGUAGUUCAGCACUUAACAUUUCUCAUAAAGAACGACUCUGCAGAAGAGUCCCUUUCUGUUCUUUAUGGACCCCUUAAACCUAUAAUCAAUGGGCUCUCCUUCACUGAACUCAUCGGAGUCACUCAAGAGCUCACGCGGCCGUUGCCAGAGUCUAAUGACCUGCCUCUUACACUUGCAUUUCAGAACCAGUUUGGAAUCUCGCUAUUGUAUUGUUUGCUGAGCCACGGUGAGAGGUUGCUGUCAUCUGACUUGCCUAUGGAGCCUUGCAUUGGAGACUUUGAAAAAUGGACCGAUACAGUUUUCCUGGUUGCUAAGGAGCUGUCUCAUGUCUCAAAGUCCUCCAUGGUGGAGCCUCUCUUCUUGCCCAGCAACCUGCUCUCCUUGUUCUGCCGUUACCUGGACAAGCAGACUAUUCAUAAACUUGAGGACAAAAUGGAAUGUCCUGUUAUCCCCCCAUACACAGCUGUACCUUCAUGAAAUGCUACAUCUGCCUUAAGAGGACAAGACUAUCCUCUGCUUCACUCACCACAAGUUUAUGGACAAGUGGAGCUUCUGCUGCGGAUAUUUAAAUAUUUAUUCCUGUUUUAAAGGACCUUUUUUUGUUGCUUUGUUUGUUCAGACUCGGAUAAGGCUUUCAAACUGGAGGAACACGGUUGUUUCCUUGAAGGUCUGAAGAGCGAUGAAACAUGUUCACUUUCUGUUUAAAUGAUUUGAAAAGCAAGAAAUGUCGAUGCUGUGUACAGAUGUGUGGGAGGGGGGAAAUUGCUGUAAAUUUGCUUUUUGUUGGUGUGCUAUUUGCACAGCAUUCACCCGAUAUCAUGUACAGCACUUGCAAAAAAAAAAAAUAAACUGAAAGGAAAUGUU